AUGGGAGAAUGGACUAUACUAGAAAGACUUCUAGAAGCCGCUGUGCAACAGCACAGUACUAUGAUAGGAAGGAUCCUGCUGACUGUGGUCGUCAUCUUUAGGAUACUCAUAGUUGCCAUUGUAGGAGAGACCGUUUACGAUGAUGAGCAGACCAUGUUUGUCUGCAACACUCUUCAACCAGGAUGCAAUCAGGCGUGCUAUGACAGGGCUUUUCCUAUCUCUCACAUCAGAUACUGGGUGUUCCAGAUCAUUAUGGUCUGUACUCCAAGCCUAUGUUUCAUCACAUAUUCUGUACACCAGUCUGCAAAGCAGAAGGAAAGAAGAUACUCUACGGUAUUUCUCACUCUGGAUAGAGACCAGGACACUGUGAAAAGGGAGGACAGUAAAAAGAUCAAGAACACCUUAGUCAAUGGUGUCCUACAAAACACAGAAAACUCAACCAAGGAAGCUGAACCAGACUGCUUAGAGAUAAAGGAAAUACCAAACCCCUCAAUAAGAACCACAAAAUCCAAGAUGCGGCGCCAGGAAGGGAUCUCGAGAUUUUACAUAAUUCAAGUGGUUUUUAGAAAUGCUCUGGAAAUUGGCUUUCUUGUUGGACAAUAUUUCCUGUAUGGGUUUAAUGUGCCCUCCCAGUAUGAGUGCGACCGGUAUCCCUGCAUCAAAGAGGUGGAAUGUUAUGUAUCCAGGCCAACAGAGAAGACGGUCUUUCUGGUUUUUAUGUUUGCAGUCAGUGGCCUCUGUGUUGUUCUUAAUUUAGCUGAAUUGAACCACUUGGGUUGGAGAAAGAUCAAGACGGCAGUCCGAGGUGUGCAGGCCAAAAGAAAAUCAAUUUAUGAGAUCAGGAAUAAGGACUUGCCCAGGAUGGGUGUGCCCAAUUUUGGCAGGACUCAGUCUAGUGACUCAGCCUACGUGUGA